AUUACGAGAACUAAACCAGUUUAUAUUGUCACUCUCCAAAAGUAUUAUCAGAGAGUAUUUUACUUGGUUUUCAUCAAUGGUAGAUCUGGGAAAGCCGCAAGAUACACGAACAGCGAUCGGUACAAGAAACGUUUGCCAUGCUUAAGUUUACUUUAGGAAAAACGCCAAAAAACGGCUACGUGAAUGGAUGUCUACCUCCUGUUGUGUGGGACAAAAAAAUUCCAGACACAGAACUAAAUAAAUUUAAAAAAGCUGUUGAAGACAAGUACAAUUUACAUUUUGAUUCUUACUGGGACUUCCAAAGGUGGUCCGUAGAAAAAUAUGAAAAUUUCUGGGAAGAAAUUUGGAAUUAUUUCGGAGUCAUCACAUCCAAACCUUAUGAUAAGGUCGUGGUUAAGACAGGAGAUGGUUUCCUGGAUUAUGAAUGGUUUCCUGGUGCGCGAUUUAAUUAUGCUGAAAAUCUCUUGAGAAUAAGAGAUGACAGAGUAGCUCUCAUUUAUUACGAUGAAACUGGAUAUGAAGAGACAGUCACAUUUGCAGAGCUGUUCGAAGAAGUUAAGCUCUACUCGGCAGCCUUUCGAAAACAUGGCUUACAAAUAGGAGACACAGUGGCUUGUUACAUGUCAAACAGAAAGGAAGCGAUUUUUGCCAUGCUAGCAACCACAAGUAUCGGCGCUAUAUGGGGUGGACCGACGCCUUACUAUGGAUCAAGGGCUUCAACAAACAUUAUUCGAAAGAUGGAGGCCAAAUUCUUGAUUACUGUAGAUCAUCACCUAGACAUGGGAAAAGAUUACAAUCUGAUGGACAAUAUACCUAUUAUAGCAAACAGUUGCCCUUCACUGGAGAAGAUAAUUAUCAUUCCUUCAAAAAAUGAAACAAAAACCAAAGGAAUAUCGCAUAUUAGGAACAGUUACUUCCUAGAGGAUUUUUUGAAUAGCGGACGGAAUCCAGAUGGUACUGUUCCGGACAUCAUUUUCGAACAGCUCCCUUUCAAUCAUCCCAUAUUCGUCAACUUCACUUCCGGUACAACAGGCCUUCCUAAAGGUCCAGUACAUUCAGCAGGG